AAAGAAAAUACUCCUUCAAAACAAUAUGGCGGCCCCCAUAUUCCCCUCACGCCGGACUGUUGUUUGUGUUUUUCUCUGAUUAUAUGAACCGGAUGUCCACUUCUGAAAAUUCACUUCGUUGUUACGGAUUAAGACUAAAUUAAAUCAGAACAUGAGGAUACUGUGGUCCAGAAGUAGGAGCCGGGCGCUCUUUACGAGACAGUGGUCGUCUAGACCUGGGUCCGAGGACGGGUCACAGACAGGGUCUAGACCCGGGUCGCAGUCGGGGUCUAGACCCGGGUCGCAGACGGGGUCUAGACCCGGCUCCCAGAAGGGAUCUAGACGCGGGUCGCAGGACGGGUCUAGACACGGGUCCGAGGAGGUGUCUAGACCUGGGUCACAGGACGGGUCUGGCCCGCCGACCCUCAAUCCCCCAGAGGAGACGGGGUUGGCCCGGGAGCGCAGACCCAGCAAGACCCCCGGGGAGAGCUCGGUGUUCCUGUUCCCCGGACAGGGGAGCCAGUUCGUGGGGAUGGGUCGAGGCCUCCUGAAGUACCCCAAGGUGAAAGAGAUGUUCUCGGCCGCGGAGCAGAUCCUGGGCUACGACCUGCUGUCCCUCUGCCUGCGGGGCCCAGAGGAACAGCUGAUGCGGACCGUCCACUGUCAGCCCGCCGUGUUCGUGACGUCACUGGCUGCCGUGGAGCGGCUCAACCACGAGAACCCCAAGGCUGUGGAGACGUGUGUCGCGGCUGCCGGGUUCAGCGUCGGAGAGUUCGCCGCCCUUGUCUUCUCUGGAGCGAUGGACUUCGCCCAAGCGCUGUACGUGGUGAAGGUGCGGGCGGAGGCCAUGCAGGCGGCGUCGGAGCGCGCGGCGGGGGGCAUGCUGUCUGUGCUGGGCCGCCCCCAGGCCCAGUACCGCCAGGCCUGCCUCCAGGCCCAGGAGCACUGCCGGGGCCUCGGGCUGGACCGGCCCGUCUGCAACGUGGCCACUUUCCUGUUCCCCGACGGCCGGGUCAUCGCCGGCCACAAGCAGGCGCUGGACUUCCUGCAGCAGAACUCCCGGCGGCUCCACUUCGCCCGCUGCAGCCCGCUGCCAGUGGGCGGGGCCUUCCACACGCCGCUCAUGGAGUCGGCCUGCGAGCCGCUCAGAGACGUGCUCCGGCAGGUGGAGGUGCGGCGGCCUGAGAUCAACGUGUACUCCAACGUGGACGGGAAGCGCUACAUGCACGCGGGGCACGUGCGGCGGCAGCUGGCCCUGCAGCUGGUGUCGCCCGUCAAGUGGGAGCAGACGCUGCACGAGGUGUACGAGCGCACGCAGGGCCGGGGCUUCCCCCACACCUACGAGGUGGGGCCCGGCCGGCAGCUGGGGGCCGCGCUGCAGCGGUGCAAUCUGAAGGCCUACCGCUCGUACACCCACGUGGACGUGGUCGCCCCCGACAACGAGGAGUGAGUGUGUGUGUGUGUGUGUGUGUGUGUGUGUGUGUGUGUGUGUGUGUGUGUGUGUGUGUGUGUGUGUGUGUGUGUGUGUGUGUGUGUGUGUGUGUGUGUGUGUGUGUGUGUGCCUGCCUCAUUGCCCCUUGGAGCUACUCAAUUCUAGCUGAGGGCGUAUGUGCUGUUGUGUGUGUGACUAAAUUAA